CCUAGUAUAUAAAUCUCAUUUCGAGACGUAUGUUUUUUUCUUUCUCAAAGCAAUGUCCUCACAAAAGCGUUCGCAUUACAAGGCAGACUCCAAGAUGGAACUUGAUACCAAUAGAAAAGCAUGGAUUUUACAACCGAGUGGUCUUAACUUCGUUUGGGGAGGUGACUCAAGAUAUUGGGUUAUCCCUAACGAACCAGGGGUGCCUGCUGAGCUGAAGAUGGUGAGUUGGUUAGAAGUAACCGGUUCAUUCGAGAGGACUGAACCCGGGAAAACAUACAAAAUCGGUUUCAAAAUCUCGUUUAAACCGGAUGCUACCGGUUGGGACAGAGCCCCACUCGUCAUGUCUGCUAAAAUCGGAUGGAAAGGCAAGACGGUGUGGAAAAAAAUCAAAUCUGUUAACCAGAACAAACGCGGGUCCGAACCGGUCAAUAUACCUGACGAAACUGAUGGCCGGUUCGAAAUCUCGGUUAGUCCUACAGCGGAUAACCAAGACACCAAGCUUCAGUUUGGUCUCUAUGAGGUGUGGACAGGAAGAUGGAAGACCGGUUUGUUGAUCCAUGAAGCCUUUGUUCAAGAAGUGUAAGAGGACAUGAUCAUACAAAUCCUAUUGUAACUCAAAUUCCACCGAUUAUCAUAUAACAAUAAUGUAACUCAAAGAGGUAAAGCCAUAAAACAAUAACAUGAUAUACCUUUCUUGAACAAAACAGUUCAAAAGACAAAAAAGACUUAAAGUUCUGUAUGAUAAUCUUGAGGCUUAAACCAUAAGGAGAAAUCGAUUCCUUUCGUCUUCAAAUUCUCAGUAGCUGGUGCGAUU